GCUUACUAUGUGAACAAUGUCCUGCAGUAUGCUGGGGUGAAGAAGGCAGCAUUUAAAAGGCUUGGCAAGUUGGGCAUUACUACGUCAUACUCCAGUGCUAUCAAGAAGCAAAAAGAACUGGCAAAAACAUGUGGGGAGGACUUUCAAACACUGAAAGUAGCCAUCGAAAUCUGCCUCCAAGAGAGAAUGGAAGAGACCAGCAGAGCCACUGCCUUGGCUUCAGUUCCAGGGAGUGAAGGUUCCGAAGUGGCUACUGGGUCCAGCACACCAGAGACAGAGACACCGAAUGUUGCUGUGAGAGACCUGGAUGUAGCUAUGCAUGGCUUGAACCAGCAUGCAUUGUCAGAUAGCCAAACGCUAAGCGUUCAGGAGACCAUCACUGUCACAGAGCAGGAUACUUGCAUCACCACUACUCCAUCACAGGAAGACCAGCAGUUGGGAUCUGACGAUGUCACAGCGGUGUCAGUCUUCAGUGCUGUAACAGGCACUGAAAUGGUGGACCUGGGUGUAGCAGUGUUGCCCACAGAAGCGCCUUCAGAGCAAAGUCUGCCACCUUCAUAUUCAAUUAUAUUUGAUAACCUGGACUUCUUCUCCCGCACACACCACCAGUCAAUCAGCCGCACAAACCAGUCAAUCCACUGGAUCCACCACAUAGCUGUAGAAGACAGAGUUCUUGGAACCCAUCUCAGCACACAAAAGCCAAACCGACUGCUAUCUGAUUAUGACAUUGGUAACUCCCUACCCAGUCCUGACACCCAAGCCCUAAUACGCCGUGAGUACAUUGUCCUGGGAAGCAGAAUCCUUACAACAUACUUGGACUCCUUCAAGCCUCUAUCGUCUGUCGUGGUUCACCACAUCCCACACAAGUACAGUGCCGAAAUGGCAGAGCCUUCAACGCACUAUCUCCUAGGACUUCUGUUCAAAGACGAGAACAAGUCUACAGAGCUGGUCGAGGUUCUACAGCACAUACAGAAAGAGUAUGUUCCAGUGGGCCCAGAUGGACCACAGACCAUUUUGGUUGGGGGCGACAGACUCACCGAAGGGAAUUGCCGGAACCUUCAGUGGGCAUUCGCCGAAGGAGAAAGAAAUUGCGGAUGA